ACAACCCAAAAUCGAACCAAAUAUCCACCAAACCAAAAAAAUCCCUCUCCUCUCUCACACACACACAAUCUCAUCUCCUUCAAACUUUUGCGUCUCCUUCAAGCUUUUGCGUGAAAGAAAGAGGAGAUGGGUACGAUAAACCAAGGAGUAAGCUUGUUCGAUGAGCCACAAAACAUCAUAAACACUAAUAAUACUAACACUCUAGGUUUCUUUUUCUCUUCCCCUAAUCACACAUUAUCUUCGUCAUCUUCUCCUUCUUCUCUUGUGUCUCCGUUUCUAGGUCAUCACUCCUUCAACUCAUUCAUUCACAAUAACUCCCCUUCCUUUGUAACUCAUCCUCGAGAUCCCAUCAAUCCCAUGGCGAAUCUCCCAGAAACCCUAAUCUCGAUCUCCUCUUUAGCCUCAUCAAAACAAAGGCAUGAUCAUGAGGGUAUUGUUAACCUUGAUCAGCAUCGUCUCACUGGUGAUAUAUCAUCCCAAAGACCGUCUUUAAAUCCAUGGGCAUGGAGUAGUCAAGCAGGAUACGAAUACAACAAGAAAAAUAACCAUACAAGUGAGAUUGAUGUUGAUCAUAAUAUUGAUGUUGAUCAUAAUAUUGAUGAUGAUGGUUGUGAUGGUGAUGGCGAUAAUGAUGAUGAUGUUCAUCAACAUCACGAGACUCGUCGCCACAAAAUUAACACGUCACCAUUGGGAAUAAUGUCUACUCUGAAGAUGAAGAAGCCUAAGACAAGAAAAAAAGUGAGGGAGCCUCGGUUUUGCUUCAAGACACUAAGCGAUGUUGAUGUCUUAGAUGAUGGAUAUAGAUGGAGAAAAUAUGGCCAGAAAGUUGUCAAGAACACUCAACAUCCCAGGAGCUAUUACAGAUGCACACAAGAGAAGUGUAGAGUGAAGAAGAGGGUGGAGAGAUUAGCAGAUGAUCCAAGAAUGGUAAUCACUACUUACGAAGGCCGACAUCUUCACUCUCCUUCUAAUCAUCUCGACGACGAUCCUCUCUCCUCGUCUCACCAUUCUCCUCUCUCCACCUUUUUCUGGUGAUGUUGUAUUUUUUUGAAUCAAAAACUAUUCCAUCGUGCCUCGAAUUAAUCAUCGCUAUAGUAAUCAAUGCCUUCUUAAAAGAAAGGAAAUAGUAACUACAUAUAUGUUCUCGUUAAGAAAAGGUACGAUGAUGUUUUUAUAUGUAAUGUGUUCGUGUGGUUG